GGGAGGUCUUAAUAGUGUGCCCAAGUGUGGUAGUCAUUCAUUGCUGUCCUGGCAGGUGGUCUCGGCUGCUGAUUGGAUAGUUUGGGUACCCAGAACCACAGGGUGCUCUUAUUUCGAGAGAGAGUCAUUUUUGAAUCUUUCUAGACGAGGAGCAUGUGAGUGUGACAACAUGACAACAUAUCGUCAUGAGGACCUACGUGGGAGCUCUGCUUGACCUCUGAUACAGGACCACCACUUAACCUUAAACUCAGCAUGGCACAAGGAGGAUUCGUGAAGCCUGUAGAAGACUCAGAGUCUUCUAAAGGUGGGGAGUCCGAAAACGUUCAGGGUUCCGGGACCUGCAAAUGGUUUAAUGUUAGAAUGGGCUUUGGUUUCCUCACAAUGACCAAGAAAGUAGGCGCUGAGCUGGAGACACCUGUGGAUGUCUUUGUGCAUCAGAGCAAACUGUACAUGGAAGGUUUCCGCAGCUUGAAGGAGGGGGAGUCUGUGGAAUUCACUUUCAAGAAAUCAUCAAAGGGCUUCGAGUCCACCCAAGUAACAGGGCCAGGGGGUGCCCCAUGCAUUGGCAGUGAGAGGCGACCUAAAGUAAAGGGCCAGCAAAAAAGGAAGCCUAAAGGAGAUAGAUGUUAUAACUGUGGAGGACUUGAUCACCACGCCAAGGAAUGUAGCUUGCCACCACAGCCCAAGAAAUGCCAUUUCUGCCAAAGUACUAGCCACAUGGUGGCACAGUGCCCAGAGAAGGCUGCCGUGUCGGCCAUCUCACCAGGACAACCCGCCACCGAGGAGUUGAGCCCUACAGCUGCAGAGUAGCUGAAACGUGGCUCUAGAUUCACACUGUGAUUUGAUUUUUGAUUUUUUUUCUGGUUUAUUAAAGAUUUAAAGAUGAACACCCACCCCUUAAAUAUGGUGGUGCCCAUUCUUCAACUUUUCAAAUUAUUGAUGAAUUUUCCACUUAUGAAAAGCUUUGCAUGGGCAUCACCAUGUCUAACCAGUAUUAGAGCUGAUCAUUUCAACUCUGUUAAAGCAGAUUUGAAGCUGACAGUACUUAAAUCAGGGGCAAAAUAAUAGUGCUGCUUGAUAGCGUGUCUCCUCCACAGGUGGUACUUUACAAUCCCUAUUCCCCCCUCGCCACCUCCUUAGCCUACUAGAGCCCACUGAAAUACCCAGAAUCUAGGUACGGUGGAACAUGUGACUUCCAUCACCCUCCCCUGAUGUAUACCGGGUAGGCAGAUCAGCCAGUCAGACCAAGUGAUGUAGCAUAAGGUCUGUCUGAUUUGGGGUUGCAGUUAAAGGUCAAGGGUCCUGCUUUCUGAACUAAAAAACUAUACAUAAUGGACUGAUAAUAUAAUUGGUCAAAGACCAUGAACUAGGUAAUGUGUGCCAAAUAAAUUACAUGCUGCACAGACUUUACUAUGCCACACAACGCAGAUAAAUCUAUUGAGGUCGUCCUUCCUGUUUUUUGUCUCUCGAGUUCCCCCUCAUUGGACCAUCCUACAAAAAACACCUUCUCUGGGAUUGUGACAUUAAUGCAGAUCUGUAUUAAUAAAUGGCAAUAGGCAAGAGAUGUAGGGAGCCUACUAGGGAUCCAACUUAAACUGCUCUACACUGCUGUACAGUGAGGCUAAUUUCACACUAGCCUCCAUGGUAAAACACAUGGAACACUGGGAUGCAUGUCACAGAGCAUUGCACUGCUUUUAUAUAUACGUUUUUUUUUUCUUUUUCUCAACUUUUUUUUUUUGAAGUGUCACAUAGACUUCAUUCAUGUCACUGCACAGAAGUGUAUGAACUCCAAUUCACAGCAGCUCAGAACUUGUAAUGGGCUUUCUUUCAGGGCUCCAAUAGGUGAAAGGGGCGGCAUACUAGCCCAGGGCAAAUAUUAAUGGUAGAGGAGACAUGCUAUCAAGCAAACUGGUUACUAAGUUCUCUUUAGAUACUUGAAACAUCGUCAUAUUUUUGCAUUACCACAAUGGGGAAGAUUUACUAAAACUGGGGCACACAGUAUUAGGUGCAGCUGUGCAUAGUAACCAAUCCGCUUCUAA